AUGGGUCACCAGCAGCUCUGCUGGAGAAAAUUCAGCCAGGGUUUGCACUCUUGCUGCGUCUGCUCAAACUGGCAUAGUCUGAUCCAGAAAUAUGGACUCAGUAGGUGCCACCAGUGUUUCCAUCAGUACAUGAAGGAUAUAGGUUUCAUUUAG